GAUGGGAUUCUUCGAUACCUUGAGUGAUCUCGUCGCUGCGGCGGCGCCAUGGUCUGCGGUCGAGGCCGAGGCGGUCUCCGAUGCCACCACUGAGGCUCCUGCGCAGAGCGAGGCCGAGGUAAAGGAGGCAUCUACCGACAGCGCAGAGGAAGCAAAGGAGGAGCAGUCCGAGGAAGAGCCAGAGGCCGAGGAAGAGGAGGAGGAAGAGAUGGUCGACCCCAAGGAGAAGUUCGAGGAGGAAUGCAAGGAAUCAAAAGAGUGUGCUCCUGCCAAGCACCACUUCGAUGAGUGCGUGGAGCGUGUUACCAGCGCGAGCAACGACUCAAACGACAAGAAGCACCCCAACGAGGACUGUGUUGAAGAAUUCUUCCACCUCGCUCACUGCGCCAGCGAAUGUGCCGCCCCCAAGCUCUGGGCUGCUCUGAAAUAGAGCCCGAAACCGUAUUAAUUCGCGAUCCUGAAUUUGCUACGGGAUUUGGGACUUGACAAUAUAGAUGAUGGGGACUUAGAGGGUGUAUUUGUGGUGGGCGGGUUGUACAAACCACGUCAAAACGAACCUUUUUUCUGUACUCGUACUGCCGCAUAAGAGAUCUCCUUUUCGACGAACUGCAUGUAGUAUAGGAAAUCCGAAAAGCUAUAGAUUGUACUCUGACCGUUGCUUCUCUUGGUGAGAUGCUGGAUGGGGUUCUGAGCUUACGUUCUAUAUACGGUAGGGAAUUAAACUCAAGAGGUUGGAAUUGGAAU